AUGCACUCAGGAUUUCCCACCGACCCGUCACCUUACUUGAUGUUCAGUACAUUCAUUCAAAACCCGAAACUCAAAUCAUUAGAAUUAGAAAGACUGCCUGAGGUACAGCCAACAAGAAAGAAACAUUUCCGUCAUUCCCCUCGUUUUAUUAUUUUCUCUUCAAGCAAUUUUCGCCCAACAACCACGCUCUCACCCUUUUACUCCUCCCUCUCUCCGAAGCCUACAACCUUUUUCUGGUUGACACAACUAUUCGAACGAAUCUGUGCUACUACUCCCGCGUACCUUGCAAACCCCCACAACGUCGUCGCUCAUACCGUCCAUUUCUACCGCGCCCGCAUUGAUCGGCAUUCCUAA